UGUUGAUUAUCUUCAAAGAUGACCUCGACGAGCUUUUUUAUUUUUUCAAAAAAAAACUUUCAAUUUUUUUUCUAUUUUAUCUAAUUACUUUUUUAUUUAUUUGUCCUCGAAUAGAUUACGUGAAUACUUUCAAUUAUUUUUUUCUAUUCAAUUUUUUUAAAUUAAUUUUUAAAACAAAAUUCUUUCUUCUUCCCCUUUCUUUUUCACCAAUUAAUAUAUAAAAAUUCUUUUUAAUUUAACUAGUUUUCAUUUCUUUUAAAUUAUAUUUCCUUUUCCAAUUUUCACUUUCAAAUAUUUUUAAGAAUUUUUAAUAAAAAUAAAAAAUAUGGUUGAAAUUAAAAGAGUAGGCUCUUCUACUUCGAUAGUUUCUAAUUCUGUUGUUGAUGGGAUAACACAGAAUGGGACUUCUGGAGGAGAAAUGGGGUCGGCACCGGCAGUUGGAGGUAUUAGCCCGGCAUUGAGUGCAAGUGCCGCUAAAUCCUUUUUGGAAGCUACUGAUAAAGAAAAGAAGGAAAUGCAAAAUUUAAACGAUCGUUUAGCUAAUUAUAUCGAUAGAGUUAAGAAUCUUGAAGAACAAAAUCGAAAAUUAGUACAAGAUUUGGAAGAUCUUCGUGGACAAUGGGGAAAGGAUACUAGUGAAGUUAAGGUAAGAUAUUCAACAACUCUUUCAACUGCUCGAAAAGAUAUUGACCAAGCAGCACGUGAUAAAGCUGCAUUAGAUGUUAAAGUUGCUCGUUUACGUGAUGAUUUAAAUGAAUAUCGUAAUCGCUUUGAGGAUAUUCAACGCCGUCGAGAAGGAGAUCGAGAACAUAUAAUUCAAUUUACUAAUAUGAUAGCUGAUGCUCAAAGUGAAUUGGAAAUGCUUAGAGCCCGUUGGAAACAAUUAACUGACGAAGAAAAACGUUUUACUGGAGAUAAUGCUCGUCUUUGGGAUGACUUAACUAAAGCUAGAAAUGAUUUGGAUGAAGAAACACUUGGACGUAUUGACUUCCAAAAUCAAGUCCAAACUUUAUUGGAAGAAUUGGAGUUCCUUCGUCGUGUACAUGAACAAGAAGUUAAAGAAUUACAAGCACUUUUGGCCCAAGCACCGGCAGAUACACGCGAAUUCUUUAAAAAUGAAUUGGCCUUGGCUAUUCGAGAUAUUAAAGACGAAUAUGAUUAUAUUGCUAAACAAGGACGUCAAGAUAUGGAAAGUUGGUAUAAAUUGAAGGUGUCAGAAGUUCAAGGAAAUGCUAAUCGAGCACUUAUGGAAUCUAAUUACCAACGAGAAGAAGUAAAACGAAUGAGAGACAAUAUUGGAGAUUUACGUGGAAAGUUUGGAGAUUUGGAAAAUAAAAAUUCUCAAUUAGAAAAGGAAGUACAAACAUUAAAUUAUCAAUUAACUGAUGAUCAACGACAAUAUGAACAAGCUUUGAAUGAAAGGGAUGCAACUUUACGUCGUCUAAAAGAUGAAUGUCAACAAUUAGUUGCUGAAUUACAAUCAUUAUUAGAUACAAAACAAAUGUUAGAUGCUGAAAUUGCUAUUUAUAGAAAAAUGUUAGAAGGAGAAGAAAGUCGUGUUGGGUUAAGACAAAUGGUUGAACAGGUUGUAAAAACUCAUUCACUUCAACAACAAGAAGAGACAGAUUCAACUCGUAAUGUUCGUGGAGAAGUCCAAACAAAAACAACUUUCCAACGUUCUGCUAAAGGAAAUAUAACAAUUGCUGAAUGUGAACCUAAUGGAAAAUAUAUAAUGCUAGAAAAUACACAUAAAAGCAAAGAUGAAGAUAUUUCUGGUUGUAGACUUAAACGAAGAAUGGAUGAUAAACGUGAAAUUAAUUAUACAAUACCUGCAAAUAUUAUUAUACCUGCCGGAAGGAAUGUUAAGAUAUGGGCAGCAGGUCAAGGAGGUGUUCAUUCUCCUCCACAUUCAUUAAUUAUUCAUGAGGAAAGUUGGGGUGUUGGACAAAAUGUGAUAACUGCAUUCUUUAACAAAGAAGGGGAAGAAAGAGCAACACAUACACAAAAGACUAUCCAAACUGGACAAUAA